UUACUCUCUUCUCCCUUCUCCCUUGCCUCUUCUCCCUUGCCCCUUGCCUCUUACCUCUGUGACUCUGUGCAGGUUGACAGAAAUGUGACGCGGAAUGUGCGAGCUGCCAUGGCCUCCUCGGACUGGGAUGUCCUCGUGCUGCACUACCUUGGCCUGGACCACAUCGGCCAUGUGGAGGGACCCAUGGGCACCCACAUUGGCCCUAAGCUGCUUGAGAUGGAUAAAGUUGUGAAGGAUAUCCACACUGCGCUGGAGGAGAAGGGAGACCGAUACUUGAUAACAAUCUGUGGAGACCACGGCAUGAGCGACGCAGGAGGCCACGGAGGGUCAUCGCACUCUGAAGUCACUACAUCUGCUGUGCUCCUCUCAAACACUUUUGGGAAAUUCAGCCCCGGCAAGAUACGUCAAGUGAAGCAGGUGGACCUUGCCCCAACGCUGGCACUCCUGACGGGUGUCUCCAUCCCAGUUGGGAACAUUGGCCGGCCGCUGACUGAGGUCUUGUCUCACAUGGGGUUGGAGAGGAGGAUGCUCCUGCACCGCAGGGCAGCCAAGCAGCUCCUGGCCAUCGCAAGGGGGUCUGGUCUCUUUUCGGGGAACGACAACGCUGAGCUGAUCUUCGAGGAAGCCACGCGACUGCACAAGCAAGUCCUCCAGAGUGACGCCCUGGAAGCGGAGAGGGUGUGCCGCUUCUACCAGGAGUGCCAGGAAAUGGUGUCCGACGCCUUGGCCUCCAAACUGCAGAGUUAUGAUCUCACCGCCAUCUUUGCUUCCGCCGUGGCUGUGAUUGUGACCUUCGCUGUGUGCCUGUGGAGGCUGCUGACCUACCCUCCCGAUGUGAGAGAGGUGGCAUGGGCGAACGUGUGCUGGUGCGCAGGUGGGACGUUCCUGGCGUGGCUCCUUUGUUGUGCCACCAUUCCUGGCUCCUGUGUGUGCCACCUGCUGCAGCCGACUGCCUGGCUGCUGGGACUGACUUUUGUGUAUGUGCUGGUGAUGGUGGGGCAGGCGUUCCUGACAGGGAGCAGCAGGAGGAAGCAGCGAAUGAGUGCUAUAAAGCCCUUGCACCAGUUCCUGCUCUUAGGCACGGGAUUCCACACGCUGAGCCUCCUAGGAACGAGUCUUGUGGAGGAGGAGCACCAGACUGUCUACUUUUUGCUCAGCAGCCUCCAUGUGGGCUUCAUCAUCAGCCUCAUCAUCCAGAUCAAGCGCAAGGUGCUUGUGGGUCGACAUGACACGGAUGCAGGAAGGCACAAAGUGGAUGAUGAUUUGGAGGAUGAGGAUGUAACGGAGUUGCCCACACGGAUUUCAGGGAGAGGUUCAGAAGGAGUCACGUGGAUGCAGACCCUGCGAAGGACGCCUGUCAAGCUGCUGCUUCUGUCGGUGUUGAGCCUAUCCCUGAGUCGCCUCAUGAGGUCAUGGAAUUCCACUGGGGACAAGUGGAAACACCUGGAGGACCUAGGCGAUGGAAUACGUGCUGCUGGGGGCUACGUCCUUAUGGUAGUGGUUCUGGCCGGCUUGGUUGCGGCACUCUUCAUGUUUUCGCAGAACUGCCUGCCGCUCGUACUGGUUGGCUGCACUUGCAUCUUUGGCCGUCACUUCCCUCUCAGCUCUUCGGGGGGCGUCCUGGAGGCCCAGUUCGCGCACUUUGUCAUCUUCAUCCUUUUUGUGUAUGGGCUUCUGAAGGCAAAGCUCAUUGACUUUAAGACGCCCAAUUCUAAGACCAAGAGCAACCUGGAUGUGUUUGAGCCAGAGGAGGAGAAGAUGACUGUCCUGCUAAGGUACAGUGUGACAGCUCUCAGCCUGCUGUGUCUUCUUCUCCAGAGAGCAGACAACAUAGGGCUCUUGGCUCUGGUCAUGUUGCAGAACUACAUCAUGUCCUCUGUCUUGUGCAAGCUCAUGGGGACUGGCUUGAUCUCAUCUGGUGCAGCUGCCUUGGCAGUCAACUGGCUUGCAUUUGCUCAUUUUUUUUACCAGGGUAACAGUAAUAGUCUGGCCACCGUAGACAUCAGUGCGGGCUUUGUGGGCGUCACCAGCUAUCGCCCUUUUGUUCAUGGAGCUCUCAUUGCAACGCAGACUUUUGGAGGGACUUUCCUCACCUAUCUUAGCUACCUCAUGCAGAUCAUUUCGAGGGAUGCGCAGAAAGAGAGAUGGCAAUAUCCCCUGUUUGUGUGGUGGACUGUAAGGCUAGCCACUGUGAGUCUCUACUUAGUUAACGUCACCUUCCAGCGGCAUCACCUCUUCAUAUUGACAGUGUUCACACCAAAGCUCUUGUAUGAAGGGGCUCACUUGCUUGUUCUGUGUGUCCUCACCUUGUUCAUGUGGAGUGUUGAAAAGAUCUGCACAGUUCUGGAGGUGAGCUACAGAUUUGAGUAAGUAAAUGCGGGGUUAACUUGAACAGAGGAGAAGUAAGGUGCACAAGGUUUAUAUGAAAAAAUUUGAUUCCUGUUAUCCCUUUUGAGUAUUAGGAAUUGUCUCCUGUGGGAUGUAUGGAGGGGUAAGAAUGGAGUGUUGUGGAAUGACAGAAGAGGGAAUGGUUGUGAUUAUCUGUGCAUCCUGCACUUUUAUUUUUAUUAUCUACUCCUGUACAAAGUUCAUGCUAAGAAGUAAGAUGAUGUACAUAUUGUAUUGAAUUCCUUUUAAUGUUCCUCUUUAGUACCAUUGUUAAAUUUUACUAGGAGGUUUAAUAAGCCUGAUAGCUUCUUUUUUUGUGAACAUUUAUAAUCCAAGCAUUCUGAGAGAGCUAUUAAAAGCCAUAUAAAUUAUUGAAUGUGAUGAACUAGAUAGACAGAAAUGUUUGCCUAACUAGGGAUGAGCCUUUUUUUUUCUCACUUCAGAAUUUUUUUUUUUUUUUUUGUCUCAAAUGGCUGCAGUGUGCAGAGGUCAAGCAUUUGAUACUUUUUUUUAUAUGAAAUAUGUGUUUUCAUUUCUUCAUUAUUGGAGAGUAUUGAUUCUUGUUAGCAUGCAAGAGUAACAAGGGUUAUUGUGUUGUACAUUUUAUUUUUUACUUGUCAUUUUUUAUGUGAUUGUAAGUUCUUACUAUGCAGUAUUAUGCAUAGUCAUGUGUUAGCUUUUAUUUGAUUGAAUGAUACCUUGAUUGCAUUUAAUUAGUUUUCGUAAAUAUGCAGCUUACAUAUGACCUGUUUUCCUUACUAGCACCACAAAGCUCUCCGAUGGUUUGGCCGAGGUUAAAAUUGUGCUUGUGAGAACUUCAUCAGCCUAACUGGUGUAUUCCUUCACCUCCUGUAUGACCAUUGACAUAAUCAUCUCUUUCUAGAUGUACAAUAUGCUUGAUUGGUAAAUAUCAAUAACUUAAAUAAAUGUUCAAACUGUAAA